AUGCUUCUUAUGAUAACCACGACGGUGCUCUUUCUCAUAGGGUCCGUUGCAGCUAGCGCUUGCAAUAAUAAUCCUGCUCUGUGCUCGCGGAAGUAUUCAGAGGUCACUCAGAUCGGGACUCACGAUUCGGCAUUUGUAGGCGACUUUGUUACAGACAACCAAGGCCUCUCUCUUACAGAUCAGCUGAAUGCGGGCAUUCGAUUCCUCCAGGCCCAAACUCACGACUUCCUGGGCCAAAUUUUCAUGUGCCAUACAUCAUGCUGGGAGCGCAAUGCUGGCCUGCUUGUCGACUACCUGACCACUGUUAGGAACUGGAUGGACGCGAAUCCCAAUGAGGUGGUUACGCUUCUCCUGACGAAUGGCGAUAAUGUGGAUGUUGGCAAAUUCGGUGACGCUAUGAACCGUGCUGGACUCGCCAAAUACGCAUACACACCGCCAAAGAAACUUGCAUUGUCGGAGUGGCCAACGCUGCAAGAACUCAUUAAUGCAAAUACUAGAUUAGUAAUGUUUAUGGACUACCACGCAGACACAAGCAAGGUUUCAUACAUUCUAGACGAAUUUUCUUACAUGUUUGAGACGCCCUACGACGUGACCACUCCAGACUUCCCAGACUGUUCUCUUGACCGGCCUCCAGGAUCCAACGGCGAUGGUCUUAUGUACAUCGUCAACCACUUCCUGGAUCUAGAUAUCUUUGGCAUUAAGGUCCCUGAUGUGGCCCAUACCCCGAGAACUAAUGCCGCCACAGGCGCUGGGAGUAUCGGUGCCCAGUCCGACUUGUGCACACAGAAAUGGGGUAGAAAACCGACUUUCAUCUUGGUGGACUAUUUUGAGAAUGGGGAUGUUUUUACGGCGCAGAAUACUUUGAAUGCCCUUUAG